AUGUCUGAACCUGCCACUAUCACCGCAUCCCUGAAGUACCUGCGCCGACCGACUCACAACGACAGACUCCACCUAUAUGUUACGAAGCCUCCCGGCCCGGACGAGCGCGCGUCCAACUUCGAAUACGAGGACCAUGACGUGCAGAUCGAGAACCUUUGCGGGAAGGAGAGCGAGGUCACCUUGGACAACCACGGCUCCCAGUUCUUCCGUCACCCUGCAAAGCAUCGAGAGUUUCGUGUUAACGAGGACACCCAGAAGGAAUACUACCUCGAGAGCGAGCACCUAAUCAAGGAGCUUACAGAUGCCUCUAGGGUCGUAUUUUUUGACCAUACUGUUCGCCGUCGCAACCCUGCAGCUAAUGGCAGAGACCCUCAGAACCGCCAGCCGGCAGCAGCUGUGCACGUUGAUCAGACCACCUGCCUCGAUAGCUCGAGUCCAUCAUCAUCUUCCGGUAGCCGAUGUUCCCAGAUUGCUUGA